GUAUCACCCAAAAUAAACAAAACUCUCUCUCGGAGUUUCAAAAAACUUUCCCAUUUAAAAUUUUUUUUUUUAAAAAUCACAAAUCCAUAUCUCUUUGCCUCAAAUUUGAAAACUUUCCAGACUCUGACUCACGCUUCCGAAGGUUAAUCAUAAAUUUUGAUAAUUUGUUUCGCUUUUCUGUGCACAAAUGUCUCAUUGCGCGAAGAAUGAUAGUGAUUACUCUUCUGACGUUGAGGAACUCAUACAGAUUGGGACUAGAUUUAGAGAGUUAAGGAAAGAAAAGGACAUGCUGAAAGAUUCACAAUCCCAAAGCUUUGAUCUGAUCAGGAGACUAGAGCUACAUGUGAAAUCAUUGUCAGAGGCUCAUACAGAAGACAAGAAAAACAUUGAAAAGUUGGAAAAAGAGUUGAUGAACUGCUUUCAAGAAAUAGAUUACCUGCAGGAUCAACUAAAUGUAAGGAACACAGAGGUGAACUGCCUGGAAGAGCAUGUACACAGCCUUGAGCUGAAAUUAUCAGACAUGGAAGAUUUACCGGAGAAAGUUGACAGGCUAAGGGAGGAGCUGAAGAGAUCCACUUCAGAGCAGUUGUUCUUGUUGCAGGAACUGGAAAGCAAAGAAAUGGAGUUACAAAAUUCAAAUUUGUGCAUAGGGAAACUAGAGGAGUCAAUCUCAUCAUUGGCAUUAGAGUCUGAAUGUGAAAUAGAAAGCAUGAGGCUUGAUAUCACGGCUUUGGAGCAGAGUUGCCUUGAAGCUAAGAAAAUCCAGGAAGAAACUGUUCAAGAAAAAGCUAGGAUGAAUGGUUUGAUUGAAGAGCUUGAGGUUCAGUUUCAAAGUGCACAGAAAAUUAUGGAACACCUAGAUAAGGAAAAUAAGGAACUGAAGGAAAAGCUUGAUAAAUCUGAAAUGAAUGCCAGGGUAUUUUGUCAAAAAAUUGAAGAAUGGCUGGAAAACAAGGACAGAUCAGAUCAGAAGUCUCAGACUUCCUUGAGUAAACCAGAGAACAAGAUUAGUAUAUAUAAAGAAAUUAGCAGUUAUGGAGAAGUCAUGGGUCAACUCCUCUCAAAAUUGGCAAUGGUAGGGGCACCUGAUGCAGAUUCAAGAAAUGAGAUGGAGAAGAUGUCACGACAGAUCCAAGACUAUGAAAUUCUUGUGAAGCAACUUAAGGAAGAAUUGAGAGAGGAAAAGUUAAGAGCAAAGGAAGAAGCAGAGGACCUAGCUCAAGAGAUGGCUGAGUUUAGGUACCAAAUUACAGGUUUGCUUGAAGAAGAGUGCAGGCGCCGUGCUUGCAUUGAGCAGGCAUCUUUGCAGAGAAUUGCAGAAUUAGAGGCACAGGUUCAAAAAGAAAAGAGGAAACCCUACACUGCUGUCAUGCCUUACCAUGAAGCAUAGAGAUUAUCAAAAGCUUUCAGGGAUCCAUCAUCCAUGUACAGAAGUAUUGAGGGGUUAUGUGAUUCUCCAGAUGGAAACAAUGCAUGAAGCCGUCAAGAUUGCAAACCUGGGAAGUCUGUCUAUAGAUUGUUUUGUGAAAUAAGUUUUAUAAAGCAAAACUUAUUAAUUGGCUUCCAAAGAUGAUGGAACAGUCCAUAAAGCAGCCAUAUGGACCAAGGGAUUGAAGAGUUUAGGUAACAUAGGUGGUUCUGUAACAAGUGGAAUUUGUAAUUGUGAAAUCGAUUGUUACCGCAGUAUAGUUGGUAGUUCUAACAUCCAUUAGUGUCCUACAAGUACGCGGUGCAAAGCUAAGUGAUCAUAACAAUUAUCACCACAGCAACCACUGCAGAUAAAUUUAUGGCUACAAAGUGCUUAGUCAAACUUCUUUCUUUCUUUUUUUGGGGGUGAGGAAUAAGAUUCAGCAAUUGAAAUCUGAUUGUCUAUGUCAAUGUGGUUGGCUUUUCAUUACCAUAAAUCUCAAUGAGUCUAUGAUUAAAACUGAGAUCUGUGUAACAUUGAUAAAUUGUACUCUUUGAAUAAUUGAGCAUAAUUAAUGACCAACAUUUGCACGUUUCUGUUAA